GCCAAGGACUCUGAUUCUAACUUCCUUUUGCUUUGGUCACUUAGAUAUCAUUCCUCUGCCACCGUUCUGACUUUAUGCAAGAAGGGUAUGGAUUUGCCAAAUUUGCUUCAAGUUCCAGAUGUCAUAUAUCAGGCCAGAAAGAACAAGCAUGAAAACCUGUCGCCCAGGAACAAGCAACUAUGCUCCGCGUGUCGAGAAAUGAAAACGGUACAGCCAAAAAAUUUCAUAAUCCCAGACCAUCAGAAACCAUCCUUCCAGAAUUCUGUGGAUCACAGAGAGAUGCUCCUUCAUCAUCCCGAUAUCCAGCAGUUUGAUCACCCCUGCAAUGACAUUCCAACAGAGAGCAUUCGCUACAGACUGCCCAUUAUGGGCCCCAGGACCGCUGUCUUCCACAGGCUGCUGUCAGGUGCCUACACAACUCCUCUGGAGACUCAACACCUCUCCCUUCCCAGAAAGAAACUAAAGGGCAAGACAGUGAAGCAGUGAGUGGCCAGAGCCAAUUCCCCCGAAGUGUCAGGGAAAAGACCACCACCCCUCCAAGCUGUUCUGAUACUGGUGCCUUCCAUAGUCUUGUAUCUCCUGAAAGAUGAUUCAUCUUUUUCCUUCCUGUAUGCUGCUAGUCUAGCUCUUACCACUUUCUCCUAAAGAUAAAAUGGUUUAAUUUACAUAAAUAUAAAGAUUUAUUGAUUAACACAGAACAUGAUAAGUGUGCCUUGUGUUAUUUUGCUGAAGAUUUUAGUGCUUGUUAUAAUAAAUGACAAUCCUCUCCUUAAAAGUCAUGGGUUUCCUAUGAAAGUCAUUUAGCCCAUUCCUUCAGGCAAGAGGACCAGGGAUAAUGCCUAGAGCCCUCUAUAACCUUAUUAAGAAUCAAGGAGAAAAGGGAGAAAACAUCUGCCUUUUCCUGUCAGUUAAUUUUGUGGAUGACAGGACACUGAUGUAAUAACUGGAAAAUGACACGUGAUUAUUGUUGCAUCAGUCACAGGGACUAUGCCCCCCACCUUGCCUUCUUGUGACACCUCUUUUAUUGCCUUGCAAGUCGAUCAAGUGUUCAGCCAGUCUUCCCUUGUAUUUUAUAAUGAGUUUAUUUUUAUAUGAAAACACAUGCUUCCAGAUCUGUGCUGUUCUGUAUGUACACAGUUUGUGUAAUACAAAAGAUCAUCCUAAGCUUGCCAAUAUUAUGUUCAUGGUCAUACAUGUUCCAAGCCAAGUUUCAAGAGGCUUUGUAUAAAAAAGGCCUUCUGUUUCUUAGGAAGAGACUGCCUAGUGGAAGCCCACCCCAUAACUAAGUGGAUGCUAGACCAAUCUGUGAGACUCAACCUGUGCCAACUGAUUUUGAAGAAUAGAAUUACAGGAAUUCAGAUAAAUGAACCAGUGUCUAUAGUGAUAAUUUAUUUGUAUUGAAGUGUGAUUUUAUUUGUAUGUC